AUGGAAAACCAAAGCACUUCCCACUUCAAGCUAUCGGCGACGUCCUGCGGCACCUGUGGCAUCCACUUCGACAGCCCAGACACCCGCCGCGCGCACUCGAAAAGCCAAUGGCACGUCACCAACCUCAAACGCCGCGUCGCCGGCCUAGAGCCCCUCACAGCGGCGCAGUUCGCCGCCACCGAAGGACCCACCGCGCCGAGCAGCCCCACAACCGCCGCAUCGGAGGCGUCCGGGUCGUCGUCCUCGUCCGUCUCCGACGCCGAGAUCGACUCUGAACCCGAGGGCGAGUUCGUGCCCGAAGAAUGUCUUUUUUGCAACAUCGUCUCGGAGGACUUUGACGAAAAUGUCGCGCACAUGCAGAAGACCCACGGGAUGUUCAUCCCGGAUAAAGAGAGACUCAUCGUCGAUCUCGAGACGCUGGUGCGAUAUCUUCACUUGGUUGUCUACGGCUACCGCGAGUGUCUCCAGUGCGGAACGCAACGGCGGACUUCUGCGGCCGUGCAACAGCAUAUGGUUGGCAAGAAUCAUUGCCGCUUCGAUAUCAACGCCGAGGAUUCCGAGUACAUAGACUUUUACGAGAAGCACACCGAGGAUGGAGGAGAAGGAGAGGGAGGGAGUGUAACAAGAAAGGCCAUCGCAGAUGCCGUCGAAGAAGGAAGCUCCAUCCACCUACCCUCCGGCAAGACGCUCGCCCACCGUUCCGCCCCAGGUCCAUCCCGUCCUCGAAACAAGACCACCGCAUCUCCUUCCAAAGACCUCCUAGAAGCCGGACCCGAACUCGACGAGUCCAACGCCAGCUUCCAGCUCACAGCACCACCGGCCUCCGAGAACAAACCAGACAGCAAGGCGCUCACGCGAGCUCAGAAGCAAGAAACCCUCGUCGAGACCCAGCUGGCGCGCAUGAGCCUCAACGACCGCGCGGCCCUCGCGCACCUCCCCGCCGCUGAGCAGAGGAGUCUUCUCGUGAAGCAGAAGAAGCAGCUUGACAAGGCCGAAAAGGCGGCCAGGAGGCUUCAGACAAGGCUGGAGAUGAAGGCGAAUGUCGCAGGGCAGGGGCGUUUCAAGAGUGAUGUACCGGGACCGAAGAACGGCUAA